AUGCAGUAUCACACGCCUUCGGACCAGAAAGCACAAGAAUGGGUCGAUCGAACUUUUUGUUGUGAGUACGGAUUCUAUGAACAGGAUUUUGCGGUCUUACAAAAGACCGUGAUGACCGCGAAACAAGGCCAUGAUUCCGAUAAUGCAUUUUUGCUCUCACAUGCUGUCGUUGAGGAUGGCGCUGAGCUAGUUAAGCACUCUCAGAUCAUGAUGUAUGUGGAUCAUCAAGUUGCAGAUGGGAUUGGUACUCGCAUCAUAUUCGGGAAGUUCCUCACAUUACUCGCAUCCGAGCUCGGUUCGGCCCCUAGCACCACUAAGACGAAGAUCAAGUGGGAAGACAGCGGUCAAAACUUAACGCAGCCAUGGAUAUGUUGUAUGAACGAACACCAGACACUUUCUGGGCCAGAAUAUGAAGCUACCGCUGCAAGGAAUCGAGAGAUCAUUCUUAAUCAACUGAAGCACAACCCAGGCCUCCCGCUCAUACAAACUCCACAACCACUAACGCAAGAAACGUACUUCCACACCAUCUCAGCAGAAAAGACUACUGCACUCCUCCAAGCCAUCAAAUAUGUCGUCAGCCCCAGCUCCAACAUAACGCAUCUCGGUCAUGCCGCCAUGGUCCUGGCCCUUGCACGCACUUUACCGACAUCGUGCCGAACCCUUUGUUCUCCGUGCUGGCUCAAUGGUCGUCGAUAUUUGCACUUUAGCGUAGAGUCAUAUGUUCCGAUUUGUCAAUCUUUUGCACCGGUCUUUUUUCCUGAGAUAUCACUGUCAGCUGAUGCAGGAAAGGAGGAGGUGAGGGAUGUGUUGGUGGAAGUUUGUAGGGUUGCUACGAUUGAGUAUGGGAAGAUCAAGGCGAGGAAGAGCAUGUUACCUGAAUGUGUGGUUCUGUUUGAGGAGCUGGGAGAGGGGAUGGCUCGCCGAAAUAGAGAAUUGGAAACAGAGCAGAAGGACAAAACUGUAAAUGCGGAUGUCAACAAGAGUACUGACGAGCGUGAAACAGCAGACCCAUUCUUCCUCAGCGACGGUAUAACAGAGCAAUAUAUCUCACACUCCUACCCCUCCCGGCCAUCUCUUAGCAACCCUUCCCCAAAUCCAACUUUCACAGUAAACGACGUCCAAUUCGCAGCCCAUGCCGAGAAAAACCUGAUCGUACGCAUGAGCAGCUGGCGAGGCAAGACGACUAUUUCUGGGGAGUGGAGAGGUUGUGAUUUUGAUAGAGGUAUGAUAGUGAGGUUCUUGGAGGAUGUUGUGGGGAUUAUGCUUUCGAUUGUGGAUGAUUAG